AUGACACACACAACAGCGUCACCAGCCUGGGCUCUACUGUGGAUCCUGUGUGUGGCUUUGACCGCCACAGCUGGAGAGGAGGUUACUUGCCCAAAAGGUGGUCAGAUCCACUUGGCCAGCCUGCGAUGCUAUUGGCUCUCUUCAACAGCAUCGUCGUGGUCAGUGGCACGGGAUUCAUGCCAAGCCAUCCAAGGAGGGGAUAUGGCAGCUGCUGGCAGCCAGGAGCUACAAAAGUUCAUCUAUUACGCCUUUCCGAUGAAAGCCACAAUGUGGGUAUGGUUAAGGGGAACAGAGGAAGAAGCUCCUGACCAGGUUGGGAUUAUAGGGCCAAGGAGUCAGGGGGUGUGUACUCAGAUGGCUUUAGGCACACUGGGACAGUGGAGGAGGGCUGCAUGUGUUGGACAGUAUCUCUUCCUCUGUGAAAAAGAGGUAGCCGCUGUGUCCCUGCCAUCUUUGGACAGUUACCUGAUAGGAUUGGCUCUCAUGACUGGUGUCUAUGCCAGAGCCAAGAUGGAAACCCUUCCCACUCCUCCGGACACCAGACAGCUUGCAGUGGAGAUGCAGCUAUUCCCAGGAUUGUGGUUCACUCAUGCAGGUCAGUUGGCAUCGGUAGAGCUGGUGGUCCAACCCAGCCCACUGACCUCUCUGGCUCGAGUUCAGAUCCUGCGGCCCUACUGCAGUCCCAGCCACCAUCUUGUACCUCCAGGUUGCAGCUCGCUCCUUAACCCCUUCAGCUGCUGCUCAGUGGUGCCACUGUGCAACACCACAGGAGGCUGCAGCAUAGGAAGGUACUGGUGCCAUCUGCUGGAAGCCUGUGUGCCCAUCACCAGUCCCUGCAGCCCCUAUGACUCUGCAGCAAGAGACCGCAGCUUUGCUUUGCCCCCCAGAUACUCUGCAGUACCACCUUUCUACCACUUGGUAGCAGACCUGCCUUUCAGAAUGAACCCCAGCUCUGAAUUAAAAACUAUUAGUCUGGUUCUGCCGGAGAGAGAGAUCAUGUUGUAUCCUGAUGAUAUUGUGGCUAUACAACACACUCGCAACUCAGGAACAUUCCUGCAUUGCCAUGAUAGUGACGCAUCACUUAGCUCCCCUUGGCGCCAGAGUUACCUGUCUCUGAGGGGGGCCGAGUGGGGCGGUUGGUGGGAGGGAGGCUUCUCUUCCCUGCUCCAAGGAGGCCAGUGGGUAGAUGGAGUGGUGUGUAAUCUAAGGAUGCUGUAUGUGGACACUCUGCAUAGGAGCAGCCAUGAUCUGAUUACAGAGCAUGAUGACCUCAAUGGCUUCACCCACACAGAAAUGACCACGGCCCCUGACAUCAGGACCCUAACUCCAGAUCUGAGUCCUAUAUCUGGGCUUCAUGUCAUCCAUCCCCAGCCUGAUGAAAAGAACCAGAUUCAUGUCCAAAUCAAUGUUCCAACUCUCAUAAUUGUCAAGAUACAAUCUGGACAGAGAGCCACCAGCUCAUGGUCAGCCCCAGUGCUCCGGAUGGGGGUCCCCUUCUUUUCAUCUUGCCCAGAAGAAGUGGCUCAGUCUUGGUCUGGUUGUCAGAGAGGGUCCUAUGAUACUUGGUUUUCCUCUGUGACCCUUGUGUUGCCCUCUGAGGGGGUUCAGAUUCUGAAAAUCAAUGUGAUGAAUGCAGUGAGCUUUCAGAGUGCUAGUUUUAAGGUUUAUGGCUACAAGGCAGUGACAGGGCUCAGUGUAGAGCCACAUGGACACCUGAGGAUGCUCGUGGACAUAUCACAGUCAUUUAUAGCCAAAGUGGAGGGUGGUACUUCAGUGAAAUUCACCUGGGUGAUUGACGACCUGCAGAAGUUUGCCUACGAAGGGGAAUCUUACAGUGUGGUUUUCAAGAAACCUGCUGAGUAUAAGCUAAUGAGUCAGUGCAUCCUUCUGACUGCUGAUGAAAUGGCCCCGCUGGCUGAGCCAGAGUUCCUGUCAGUCAGUGAAGUUGUAGCUGUGGAUGCCGCACAACUCUACACCCUCAGGGUCAAAGUGGACAUUUCUCUAGGGGUCACUUUUAGGUGGGAUUUUGGAGAUGGCAGUAGCAGGGUUAUCCACACCCAGCCUGCCCCAUGUGAGACCAUGGAGGGGCUUGAGGAGAGAGGACAGAGACAAGUUUAUGUCCAGGAUUCAGUUAGCCACACCUACAUUACCCCCGAUAACUGCACACUUAAAGUCCAAGUCUUCAACCAAUUUGACAAUAUUGAGACAUCCAUGAAGAUAAAAAUCUGCCCUCUGUUGAUUCGUCUCAUCCUUUCAUCCUCUACUCCGGUGCCUUUUGUCACAGAGCCUUUCCAUCUGGAAGCUUCUCCAGAUCCCUCUCCCUAUGGCAUCUUUUAUAACUGGGACUUUGGUGAUGGCUCCAAAGCUGUCCAGGGGAUCUAUCGUCAAGUCACCCAUGCUUAUGGAUCUGCUGGGAUUUAUAAUGUCACAGUGUGUGCUAACAACAGUUUAAGUGCAUUGACUGCCUGGCUCAUGGUGGAGGUUAUGGAAAAAGUCACUGGGUUGACUUUAAGCUACAACGGACCAAACGAACUGAGUUCUGUUACAGAUAUCAGAGCUGAAGUUGCCACUGGUGCAAAUCUCACCUGGGUGUUUGACUUGGGUGAUGGGUCCUUUCAGAAAAACCCCACUGGCAGCUCUGUUUCUCAUGUCUAUAAGUCUCCGGGGAACUAUACAGUAGAUGUAACUGUCUCUAACUAUGUAAGCCAGGCUCGUCAGUCAAUCCAUGUGGAGGUCUACAGGUUAGCUGUUAAAGGAAUACUGCCUGCAGAGUGUGUCAUGAGUGGAAGAGACACACAGUUUAGUGCUCAGGUGAAUGGGAACAUAUCCAUGCUGACUUUCCAGUGGAGGUUUGGAGAUGGUUCACCUUUGACUGUAGUGAAGGGAAAGCCGACAGCCAUGCAUACAUUUUCAAACCAUGGAGUUUUUAAUGUGAAUCUGACUGUGUUUAGCCCUGUUAGGUCUGUGCCCUAUAAUGCAAGCGUGUGUGUUGAAGCCCCAAUAACUGGCAUAAAUUUACAUGCAUCACAGGAUGCUGUGGCAGUGGGAGAACAGGUAUGUUUCAGUGUGCUAGUUUCCCCUAAUCAGACAACAGGUUACCAGUUCAUGUGGUUAAGUGACGCCUCUAGUCCCUCUGUUAAUACAGCCAAUGCUCAGAAGUGCUUUGUCUACAAUGAGGAAGGGGUUGAAGAGGUGUCUGUAAUGGCAAGUAAUAAAGUCAGCAACAAAACAGCCAAAUUCAGUAUUGCUAUUCAAAAUCCUGUGAGUAAGCUUUUUGUAGAGCACGAUAGUCAAAGUAAUGCACUGACUGUCAAUACUUUAACAUCAUUUUGGGUAGACAGUUGCACUGGGACUAAUGUUUCUGUCCUGUGGGACUUUGGAGAUAGCUCCCCUGUGGAGCAGAGCCAAAAUGUCUCCCAUGUUUUCACCUCAGCAGGCCAAUUCACAGUCACUGCCACAGCUUUUAACGCAGUCAGCCGCCACUCUGUGACACUUGAAGUGAAUGUUUUACUCCCGGUUUCAGACCUUUCACUUCACACCAACCAGCCUUAUGCUGUAGUAAGUGAAGAAGCUGUUAUAACAGCAGUUAGCAGUGCUAUCAGCAGCACCAACUACUACUGGACAGUGGAUGGUGUGACUACAGCCAAACAGGGAACCUAUCAGUUUAUAUAUGUGUUCUCUAAACCAGGGAUGUAUCAAGUCAGAGUUGUAGCCCAGAACUUGGUGAGUAGGAGGGAGGCAGCUAUUUUUAUUGAGGUCUUAGAAAGGAUAGAGGGUCUUCAUAUUGAAUGUCAAAGUCUGACAAACAGGAAAUACAUACCAACCCAGGAGAGAGUGCUGUUUAUUGCUUCGUUCACCCAAGGCUCCAAUGUCACUUAUCAUUGGCUUGCUACACAGGGAAGUAUAAAUCGCCAAAUUACUGGUGAUGGACAGCAUUUUCAUCUGUUAGUUGAAACUCCUGGCAACAUUACUGUCCAGCUAACAGCCUCUAAUAAGUUGGGUGAGACAAUUAGUGUUGUUUCUGUUGUGGCAGUAGAGUGGGUGACAGGUGCAAGCUUGACAACAAGGUCAAACAUUGUGGCAGUGGGAACAUCUGUGAAUAUCUCUGCAACUGUGGUUACCGGGUCUGACCUCCACUAUCUUUGGUAUGUGAGCUCUGACCUCUUAUCCCUGCAGACGGAUGUGCCCUUUAUUCUCCACACUUUUACAACUUUUGGUCAUUGCCUUGUCAAAGUUUCAGUUCUGAAUGUCCUCAGCCACAGCAAUGUCACCAAACAGUUUGUAGUCCAGGAGGGGAUUGGAGAGACAGACUUUCAAAUAGACAGAAAGACACACCCAUUUUACAUAAACACAAGUACUGCUAUCUCAUUCCAUGGGCUAGUCAAUGCAGGUAGCAAUUUGCACUGGGACUGGAAAAUUGGCACAAAUGCUAAACCCACUCUGUUUAAAGGUACCACUCAGACUUUUAUCUACACUUUUACACAUGCAGACAUCUACAAGGUGUGUUUGAAUGUGUCCAAUGAGAUAAGCUGGCAGACAAUUUCACACACUGUCACUGUCCAGGAUGCGAUCAAAAGUCUGAGUCUUGACAUAAGCAAGUCUACUGUCUGCACUCAGGACCCAGUUAUUUUUACCCCAACAGUUUCCAAAGGAAGCAACGUAAGCUUUGAUAUAGCAUUUGGUAAAGGGGAUUCAACUCAUAGUCAGGACUUUGUCAGAGGACAGCUCAUCACAACUAGCCUUCUAGCUGGGACACAUUUAGUGACAGUGAAAGCCUGGAAUGAAGUCAGUAGUGCUGAAGUGGUGUCUAACAUUGUGGUCAUUGAGCGUAUUCAAGGUUUGCGGCUAGUAAACUGUUGCUCCACUGCUCUAGAGGCUCUGAAAGCUGUUCAUUUCAAGGCAGAAGUUCAAAAUGGAUUUCCAGUCAGCUUCACCUGGAUAUUUCACUUGGAGGGGUAUGAGCCUUCACAGGUUGUAGGGCAGGAAGUGAUAUUCUCUUUUCCUGGAAGUGGUUUAUUGUUGAUUACUGUGGUAGCUAGCAAUGGCAUUUGCCGCAAGACCCUAAAUGAGACCACUACAGUUCAGUGGCCUGUUAAGGAGGUCAAGCUUUUCUGUCAGUCAGAAAGGGUCUUCAGUGGAUAUACUGUGAGGUUUUCUGCCCAAGUGAAUAGUGGGAGUAAUCUCAGGUACCACUGGGACUUUGGAAACUCAACAGAAGUGUUGGCCACAGACUUCAACACAGCCAGUCAUACUUAUCAUAUUGUCGGGAGGUACAACAUCACCAUCAAAGCGUACAACGAUGUCAGUCAAGUGUCCACACAGCUACAAGUGGAAGUGAAUGAGCUCCAAUGCUCCAGCCCACAAGCUCUUUUAGUCCCAGGGCAUUCUACCAUCCUCAGGUCCAGACCCAACUAUUUCGAAGCAACUUUGGACAUCAACUGCUCUGCUUACAAGACCACCUAUCUGUGGGAAAUAUUCAGAACGUCUGACUGUACAGAUGGCAAAAAAGAUUUCACUGAGAACAUUGUAGUCCUUAGUAAUCAGGUAGAUGUGACUUCACCUUUACUCUUCCUUCCAAAGCAUACACUGGAGGUAGGACAGCAUUGCCUCGUAUUCACUGUUUCACUCAAGGGAACUCCUCUAUUUGUGAAACGGAAGAUGAAGGUUACAGUGGUCCACUCCCCACUGGUAGCUGUCAUCAAGGGAGGCUCGCACAGACUGUGGCCCAGCUUCAGCAACCUCAUCCUGGAUGGCUCUGAGUCUCAAGACCCUGAUGUAGAGCCAGGAGUGGAGGACCAGCUGCAGUAUCGCUGGGACUUCAUAAAUGCAGUAUCAGUGUGUGAAGCUCCGGUGUUUCCUGUGACAGUGGAAUGUGUAUCCUGUUCUGUCCUCUCCUCCUCCCACCGUGUCAGCUACACCACUACAGUUGUCCUCUCUGGACACUGUGGACAAUGCAAUGACCAUGCACAGUACAAAUGGAGUGCAGAGGACCACAACGGCCUGAGCCUUGACCUUGAUGAGGUUGCUACAUUCACUGGGGCUUAUGCCCCUGAUCUGGUGGUUCCAUCAGGGGUUCUCCAGGAUGGACACACUUAUACCUUCACCCUCAAUGUGUCUCAGCUGGGCAAAGGACAGUGGGGCAGUGCGAGCCUGACGAUUUUACCUAACCAUCCUCCCUAUGGAGGCAUCUGUAGCCUGAGCCCAGAGUCAGACAUACACCUGCUAGAGACUGUGGUCACCUAUAACUGCUCAGGUUGGCAGGAUGAUGACAACGAGGCCUCUCAGCUGAUCUAUACCCUCCAGGUGACACCAUGUCAACCCACUGGCACUGCCUGCCCUCUGCUCACUCUCUACAGGGGAACUCAUUCAACAUUUGGUAGCCUGGUUCCCAUGGGAAGUCCUGCACAACAAAAAGGCAUGUCAGUUAUCACAGUAACUUUGCUGGUAGAAGAUCAUCUGGGAGCAAAGGUCAUUGCUCUCAACAAAACGUUGACAGUUGAACAUCCUGCAAUGGGUGAGGUUGCCAGUAAGUGGCUUAGGAAGAAGAGCCAGACAGAUAUGUGGGCUGUAGUCCAACAUGGCAACCCUCUGGAGAUCAUCGCAUACUCCAUUGCCCUCACCAGCCAGCUCAACCAGAUGGAGUCAGCGCAAAGUCUCAGGGAGCUCAGUGAGAGGCGGGAAAUCCGGGGAAAUGUGACCCAAACUCUUGCUUCUCUUCCAAUUUCUUCCUUACAGGAUGUGGUUCAGGUCAGCUCAGCACUGGCCCAGUCCACAGCUGUUGCCAGUGAGUUGGUAUGCAGGGGCUGUCAAGAGAAGGUCCUGGAAGCUGUGGGGAAGAUGAUCCACGUGAUGCAGGAGCAGACAAAUGUUGGUGUUGCAUCAGUUGUUGACACAGGGAGGAACGUCCUUAAUGUCAUAGGUAGCAUUUUGGCUUCUGUGUCUGAGUCUGUUGGUGUUUCCACUCCUCACUCAAACUAUUCAAGCACUCUGGAGUCGGCUUCUAUAACCACCCUGUCAGCGCUAGACCAUGCUGUGGCCCUCAUGCACUCUCUGAUGCAUUCCCGUGUUCGUGGUGAGGAGCCCCUCUUGCUCGCCACUCCACAUAUCAGCACCUUUGGUUUCCAUGGACGCCCCUCCGACCUCCUCUGCACUCAAAACAACACCUCAAGGCAGUACAUCCAGAGAAUGUCCUCUUCUACUGAUGCAUCCGAGGCUCACCACCCAUGUCGGUUUCAUAUUCCCAGCUCCCUAACUGAUCAACUAAAGAGUCAGAGGACAGAUGUGGUACAGACACUGCUAAGUAUGGAUGGAGGAAUGAGGUCCAAUCCUUUGCUGACUGCAGCCACCCCUCCUAUCUCCACCACUUUGGUUGCUAUGGAAUUCACCACCCCUCAAGGCCAGCCAAUAUCCAUUGAAGAUCUGGACCCCAAACAGGCAAUACAGGUCACCCUGCCCAACAGGCACUCCAUGGAGGUGGGGUUAGCAGGACUGGGUAAUGGCAAUGAAGCUGGAUAUACACUUUGGAAUGGGAGGGUAGGUGAGGGCGAGAACGGGACAAGUCCACUAAAUGUAACUCUCCCUACUGAUGGAUCGCUGAACUUCACAGUUAAAGCUUUGAACGGGCUGGAUGAAAAUGCGGGGCUAUACAUCUCCUUCACCUUUAGCCUGGCACCAGGGGCUGUUCCACUGAGCUCAGGACAUGUCAGGAUAGAAGUGAACACCAUCCGGCCAGGUCUCAGUGCAUCCCAGCAUUCCCGUGUAAGAGAGAUGACUCUCUCCCUCUCUGCUCCAGCUGCUUCCGUAGAGGAGACCAUCUUUCUCUCUCCACUUUCCCUGUGCCGGUAUUACAGUGUGAAGGAGAAGCGCUGGAGCAGUGAGGGUCUCCGGCCACUGGAGGGCAGCACGCUCCACACAGCACACUGUCUAACCCAGCAUCUCACCAUGUUUGGAGCCAGUCUGUUCGUUCAUCCUGGUGCUGUUGUGCUGCUGCCACCGUCAGGCGGUCCAGUGCGUAACAUGGUGGCGGGGAUUGUGUGUGCUGUCCUGGUUCUGAUCCACCUGCUGGUGGGGCUGAUUGCCCACAAACUGGACCACCUGGACAGCCUGAGACAGAGCCAGAUCCCACUGUGUGGCCGACCGGGGCUGUACCAUUACAGAGUUCUGGUUAAGACUGGCUGGAUGAGGGGAGCAGGCACCACAGCACAUGUUGGCAUCAGUCUGUAUGGCGUGAAUAAGAGCGGUUCUCGCCAUCUGCAGAGGGAUGGAGCUUUUCAACGCGGCAGCCUGGACCAGUUUCACUUGGAGACAGACGACAACCUGGGAGAAGUUUGGAAAAUUCGCAUCUGGCAUGACAACACAGGUCUGGAGCCAUCAUGGUACGUUCAGCAUGUGGUGGUGUGGGACGUACAGACAGACCACAUGUUCUUCUUCCUGCUGGAGGACUGGCUCUCAGUGGAGAAGAAUGGCACCGUGGAGAAGGAAGUUCUCGCCUCAUGUCCUGAGGAGCUUUCUGAGUUUGGUCGGAUUUUUAACUCCCAGCUGCUGUUUGGGAUGGCGGAGCGCCACCUGUGGCUGUCGCUAUGGGAACGCCCUGCACACAGCCGCUUCACCAGGGGUCAAAGGGUGACCUGCAGUGCCCUCCUGCUACACCUCUACCUGGCACUGGGGGCGCUGUGGUACGGGGCCGUGGGUAUUAAGGGGCACAGUGGACCGGUGUCAGCUGAGUUGCUGUUUAAUAUGGAAACGGUUGCGGUGGGGAUGACUGUUGCCGCACUGGUGUUUCCUCUUCAGUGUCUCCUCUGCUUCCUGUUUAGAAAGGCUCACAGUCAGGUAACAGUGGAUGUGUCGGUUCCUCCAUCCCCUGUUUGUCACUCUGUGGAGAUGGAUGUCUACCUUGGUCAAUCAGCUCUCUCCGGUCCGUCCUUCCUGUCUUUGCCAGACUCCUCCGGCCCAGAACAAGACAGUCCUUCAUCUUUACUGGGAAGCAAGGCGUUUGACUCUGGUAUCCUGGAGUUCUGGGCUGCGUCUGGCCUGGCCCCGCAGAGGGAUGGAGCAGGUAGAGAGGGGGACAUGGUGGGGUGGCCGUCCUGUGACAGCCUCCUGGAUCUCCCAGCAGCCCCCAACCCUGGCAAGAAGUGUUCUCCUCUGGGCCCCACACGUCUGUUGAGAAGGAAGAGGGCCCUGAUGCAGCUCCGUCUGGCUUCACCCUCCUCCCCUGACUCACCCAGCACCCUGCUCCCUUCUCCUUCACACUCCCCUGUGCCCCCUCACCCAGUGCAAACCCACAACCUAACAACAGCUCUGACUCUGUCAGAGGAGGAUCUGCUGAUGUCGAUAGUGGCAGCGGCUGAAGACACAGUAAAGGUAACCAAUAGUGCGUCCACCUCAGACAGCGGACGUGAUUCCCCUAGGCCUCCGUCCUCACUCUCAGCCACCCAAAGCAGUUCCUGUAGUAGCUGGUCAGAGCAGAGUGUGGAUAAACCCCAGUAUGGCACCGAUAUCUAUAAGCCCUCCUGUCCUUCUCCCAGGUCCCUGUAUGGGACAGGGCUCUAUAAGUGCCCCUCUGAUCUGUCUGUUGACUCUGUGGCCAGCACCUUCCUCCCAAGUCCUUCUCCUGACUCCACACGCUCUUCUUCCACCACACGCAUAGGUGUGGCUCGAAGACAGCCUGGCUGGCUGCUCCCUCCCUGGGCACUAUGUGUGAUUUACCCGCUGGUGGCUAUGCUGCUGGGAGCCUGUCUGGCUGUGGUUGGCCUCUACGGCAGCCUCUUCUCCAGAGCAGUCCUUCUGAUGUGGCUUGUGUCAGCUGUGUCAGCCUUCCUCACCUCUGCAGUGCUGCUGGAACCUCUUAAGGUGUGUGUGCAGGCGUUGCUGCAUUCAGCACUGUGGCGGCCUGUAGAUCCAGAGGUGGAGGACCAGUUGGCCCAGGAGACCACAGUGAUAAGGGCACUGGGAGAUCAGGGUGGGAAGGUUCGGCCACCAUGCGGCUACGGGCUGCUGCAGGCCAAGGAGGAAGCCCGCAAAGUCCGAGCCCUGCGAUCUCUCAUGAAGCACUGUGUGUGCCAGCUGUUAUUCCUGCUCCUGGUGCUGAUGGUGAACUAUCAGGACAGUGUAGAGGAGAGGCAGAGCAGGCUGCUGCACUCCUUUGUCAGACGCCGUCUUCACACAGCACCCGGGGGGGCUCCUAACCUCACCUCACUCAGAGGCUGGCCAGAUGCAGGGCAGUGGCUGGACCAAACCUUGGUGCCACACCUACACCAAAAACCUACCAUGCUCGUUGUAGGGUUGCCACGCCUACAGUAUACACAUGCUCUUGGUGCUAUGGCGACAGUCUCCCUGGGAAACAACAGCGUGAAGACACGGCAGCUCCUAGCUGACCUGCACAUCACAGACUGGACCACGACACAAUUUAAAAGUCUUUCUGUGGACUUCACACACCACCACAAGGAGUCUGGUUUAUUUGUGUGUGUGUCCGUGCACCUAGAGUGGACUCAGGCACAUAGAAUCACUCCCUCCCUCUUUAUUCAUCCACUCCUCAUCCCUUCAUCCUCCUCUGGACCAGAUCUUCAGGUGGCACUUGCGGUGCUUCUUCUCCUCUCCGCUCUCCUCUUCCUGCUUGGUGAGCUGUGGUCCAUGGCAACUGAGCGUGCCAAGUAUGCAAGUCAGGGCUGGCACUGGUUCCAGCUUCUCCUGUCCUUCUUGUCCCUGGCAGCAGCUAUACUGCAGCUGUGCUUCCUGUCCCAGGCUACAUCAUGUGUGCUUGAGGUAAAGGUUCACUCUGAAACACCCAUCCAGAUUAUCUCACCCAUAGGUGUCAGCUCGGCUGCUAGGAACCUUGAGGUUUGUGCGGAGGUGGGUCGUGAUCGGCAGAGUGCUGCAGAGAGCCCGGAGGCAGCUGGGGGCUCUGACUGUCCUACUGCUCCUACUACUGCUGCUCUGCGCUCACCUUGGAAACAUGUGGAAGGCUUUCUGUCGAUACCUCAAGCUGGUGUCUCCGCGCUGUCCAUCCUACGUGGCCGAGUGGCUCUCCAGAGACUAUGCAGGGCCCACCCAGUCCUGGGACCCCUCUACGGGCUAUUAUUGAUGGGGGGAGCUCUCUGGCUACUGGCUAGACUCUGUGCAGCAAUUCUCAUCCGUACAUACAGGGCAGAGCAGGCUGGGAUGUACUGUCCAACCAUUGAACCUCAAGACUAUGAGAUGGUGGAAUUCUUCAUCAAGAGACUCAAGCUGUGGAUGGGACUUACCAAGGCUAAAGAGUUCAGACACAGGGUGAAGUUCGAAGGCAUGGAUGCCCCUCCUUCCAGGUCCUCCCAAGAGUCCCGUCUCUCCACAUUGUCCUCCAACCUCCUUUCUUCCCGCUCCCCUUCACUCUCCUCCUGCUACUCGUCCCCCCGUCCCCUGUCCUCAGCUCUCUCCUUGAGGUCAGAGGACUCGCUGUCUGAGCCAGGGUUUGACGUCCAGCCUUACCUGGACCACCUGUUGCCCUGCGUCAACAGUCUACUGUUUCGUUUUGACUGCGUCAACCAGAUAACUGAGGACCUUCAUGAUCUGGAAGUGAAGCUAGAGGAAGCUCAGAUCAGGAGAAGGAAGAGAUGGAUCAGAAGCCAGAGGGAAAGCGCUGGAGGAUUGGGAGAGUCAGGAGGGCCAGAGAAGGUGGAAGGGGAGGUGGGGAGAGCUAAAGAAAUUAGACACAGGAAGACAGGUGUGCUUUACCCUAAGCUACACAUCUCUACUGCAGCCUCCUUUUCUUAUAAUCCCUCUACCCUUCACCCAUCUCCUACUUCAGUCUGCAUCCUUCCCCGUGCACAAAGCUCCUACUCUGAAUCAACGUUUCUUCAUCCUCAUUCAUCCAAAGACACUCAUCUCUCUGAAGUGACAAAGCCUACAUCUGGAAACUGUGGUCUGGGCCUAUAUUCUGCAGAAUCUCCAAGCUCUGGAAUGAUCCCCAGAAGAAGAGCGUGGCACUCUGGGAGCUCUCAUUCGGCCGAUGCAGCUCAGAGGGCCCUUCAGGCCCCAGGUGGGGUUGUUUUAUAUAGAAAUGGAGGAGUUGGUGCCUCAGUGAAGGCCAGGCCCAGGAGUGAAGAGGGUGUAAGCAGACGUAUCAGUGAUGGCAUCCCUGUAAAGAGGAAGGCUUGGAUCUCUGAAGGGCCAGAGACUGAGCAAGAUUAAUUGUGUGUUCCCACUGCAAACGUAUCUGUGACAAACUCAGCAACUCAGUGUAAACACAUAAUAAGAGGGAGAGAGCAAGAGAGAGAGAGAGAACAAGACAGCAAGAAUAAGUAUAUUUUCUUUAAAGCUUAACUGUAGGAAACUAGUGCAAGACACAAGUUUUCACUGUUGUCUACCUCGGCCGUCAGU